CUGUAACGUGCUUAUGGCACUACAGUGGUACUCAGUUCUGGCGACGUUUUCCUGGAUGUUGGUUGAAGGCAUAUUUCUACACAACCGACUUGUCGUAUACGUCUUCAGAUCGGAUGCUCCAUUCAAACUCUUCUACUUCAUCGGAUGGGGGAUUCCUGCCAUAAUAACCAUCACAUGGGCUGUGGUAACUCAUUACUUCAAUGGAGACAAAUGCUGGAACGCAUCCUCGAAUUCUCCCUUCAUCUUCAUCAUAUUCGCUCCAAUACUUCUGGCUCUUGUGAUCAAUCUUGCUUUCUUGAUCAACAUUAUUCGAGUGUUGAUAACAAAGUUACGGGCGCACAACACUAUAGAAUCCAGACGGAUAAGAAAAGCCAUCAAAGCAACAGUUGUGCUGUUCCCACUGUUAGGGAUAACCAACUGUUUGUUUCUCGCUAAACCAUCAGAUGACAAGAGUGUGUUGAUGGCGGUAUAUAGGGUAACCAACGCCAUUCUACCAGCAUGUCAGGGAAUCUUUGUGACGGUUUUAUACUGCUUUAUGAAUACGGAGGUUCAGAGUGUCAUAAGGAAGAAGUGGAACCGGUUUCGGAUCAACAGGGCUAUGAAUUCCAGGACGAGGCGGCGAAGUUCAAGGACGUCAUCCUUCUUCUUGUCCCAAAGCGAGAGCCAGUCCACCCCAACAAACAAGCACCUCCAGAUACACAGAUACAGGACAGCCAAACCUCUGACGUCUAUCAGUAACUGUUAGAAUUACCUCCCUCACACCACGGUCAACUAAGGUCAUCACGACAAUUCUUAGAUCACGAGCUGUUUCGCCAAGGCGGAAGUGUGUACUGAAGUGUCAAAGACAGACGUUUGCAAGAUCUCCGUCUGUGAUAUAUUCAUGGGAUGUGUAAUUCGUCGAUGGAAUAUGGCAAAGGAGCAAUAGAUGCAGUUUCAUGGAACUGAAGAUUCUUCACUGCAUACAUCGGCAAUCACCGGCGACAGCACUUUGAUUUGAAGGACAAUUGCAUGAUAUAACCCUGAAAGAAAGAGGGGGCACGGGGUGUCCCAGUCGUGUGGGUGCCGCGAUUUGCUGUGCAGAGUUGCGUCCCUUUGACCUUAUAUUGUGGGUUCGAAUCCCGGAUCGCUCCGAUUAUGGUUCUAGGUUUGUCAGCACCAUACCCGUGCUCGUAGGUUUUACCAAAGUGGUAAACGUCUGAGACCUGCAUCACUUCGGGCUUUCCUCCCACAUUAAGCUGACACGCAGUGAUAUAACUGGAAUACUGUUAACAGCGGCGUUAAACCCAACUCACUCACUCACUGAAAGAAACAGCUCUCGUUCCAUGCUUGGUAAAAUCAUUGAAGAAGAACUCAUUCCAAACUGCCCAUGUGAUGCCAAAUACUUUGGAAUUGCCUUUUCUGGAAUUCGGAAACAUUUGGAGAGACUUGAAGACACUUUACACUUUUUUUAUGGAUAACAACUUCUUUAUUCUUUGUAAACGACAUUUGAGAGAUACUACUUGCUCCUUCAUCAGGUGAAUACUGAUGAAGUGAGUAGAAGUAGCCCAGUAACAUUGUUUACAAAGAAUAAAGAAGUUGUCCAUAAAAAAGUGACAUGUAUUCAUGCUCUUCCAACUUCUAAACGACUAUCAGUGACUUCAUUUGGAGUGACGUCAUGUUUCCUUGGAAAUAACGUUAUUCAAGCUUCGCAUAGUCUGAAAAGUUUUGGAGUGAAAGCUUUUUUAUCAAGUUGACAUUUACAUGUACGUUUCCAUAUUUUGUCAUUUUUAUAAACUCGAAGUGCUUUAGGUAAAUGAAAAAUAAUUUAACAUACUCUAAUAAAAGCGACAAAACCCUUUAACUAUUCGGGAUGCAUAUCAUAGAUGGUAUGAUAAAACAUAUCUUUCCGACUGCCAUUGUUCUCGUGACGUUGCACGUAUAUACUUGUGACAGAAGUACACACAGUACCGACUUAGCGAAGCCACUGACGUGUUCAAAAACGUAAAGAGUCCAUAAAACGAAUCGGAUGCAGAUGUUCCUCGUGGACCCUGUUUAGUGAAAUGUUCCCUCACUAAAAUACUAAAACUACACUACACGAGUACAGUGUACCUUCCGUCCCUGCUGGAGCCAGGGCCAGUUUUAUUCUGCAAAGCACCAAAGUGGCUCUUUGGAGCCUUAAAGAUUUCAAAGAUCGUCAAACAGCUCUUGUGAAAUAUAAAGAUUCAGAGUGACAAAACACUCUCCACAAGGCUGUAAUACAAGGGGGAUGACUUCAAAUUUCCAAUAGUCAACUUUCCCUUCAUGAAGAGCAUUAUUCCAGCACCUCCAGCCUUUGGUCUUUACAUUUCACAACCUUUGAGGUACAAUCGAGCAUGCUCUUUCUACCAAGACUUAAAGAGCGUCAUACGACUCUUGCUCUAAAGGUGUUGUAUCAGGGUUACAACCUUCAAAGCCAUUGUGAAACUUUAGAAAUGUUUUAUGGUGGACAUGUGGAGGACAUUUUCAAUUUUCACGCAUCAGUCACAAAAAUGAUUUCUGAUUUCCUUAUUUUGUCUUGGACCAUAUAAUCCCGUGUUUUUGUAGGCGAACAGAUGACUUUGUAUGUGUUUGUGACAGAUGCAGCAGAUAGGGCAAUUAAUUGACUUACCUUUGCAUGUGUUUGUGAAGGUUGCCAUCGGUGGGGCAGGAUAUGCUCACCCUUUGGGGACACAAGGUAUUAUCACUAUUUGAUAGUGAUUCAUGAACUCAUGCUUAUGAUCUGGUCAGAAUCGAACACUGGACUUUUUCCGUAUGGUUAUGGAAGGGGUUGUGUCGCUUUUAUUGUCAAGCGUCCCCUGGUUGUGGAAUGGACUCGCCCACUCGUGCAUACAGCAUACAGCGCCAAUCACGCUAUAGAGUGUAUUGUUGUAUUCUGAUUUUGGGUAGAGUACGUCUAGGUAAACAGAAAGGUAGGUGUUGGUAAAUCACACGACAACGACCUUGUGUUUAAUGAGUUUCACUUUGCAAUGUUAUGGAGUUACAACUGCAUUUGAAUGUCCAUAUCCCCGAGCGUCAAUCUCUAUUCAAUAUUUAUAUUCGUAAACUAAAGCCGUGCCUAAAACCUAUAGUUUAAAUCUAUGUUUGUUAGAGAUAGGCCUGGGUUCGAUUCCCUAUUGAUUAUGUCCCCGGCUUAGAACCGUACUCACUCACUGUUAUAGAGAACGGGUUGACACUAAAUGUUGGUCUAGAUCUUUCCAUAGGGUUUAACUUGAAUAAUGUAACCUUAAUCUGGGCCAACCGUUAAUAUGUACAUUACAUGUUUGCAAAUACAUUAAAUGUACUUUUGUUUAAUUUACAACACUAAAUAUUAUCCUAAUGUUUUGGUAACGUCAAUAUGUUUCCUUAGUACGUAUCCACGUCUUCUUAAGAUCAUGAGCCAACAGACACGUAUCCUGUUUAGUCGACAUGACAUCGUCACUUUUCACACUUAGCAGAACACAAGAGAUAUGUACGCAGCACGAACGCACACAACCCGCUCAAAUAACUCUGUAAAAAAAUGUUGUCUGCUUGACAAGGUGCACGAGAUAAUAAACGUAUCCCUAUCUAUAAAUGCUGUAUGACGCUAGAAACGUUUGUGAGUCCACGAGAAAUACCGAGUGUCAAUCGAGGAUUAAUUAUAUGCACCUUCGAUGAUUAAAUAUGUGUGUUGUUCUAAGGAUACAUAUGUAUGUCCUCUAAAGAUGAAAUGUGUGUGACGUUCAGGGAAAUACGCAUGUGUGUCUUUCGAAAAUAGGCGUGUUUUUCUAGAAAUACAUUUGUGAACCUUCGUGCAAAACGGGGAGAACGGGUGG